GCUAUUGCUGUCACCCUUUCACGCUUCUAAUUUGCUGGCCUUAUACACGAGAGACACUUCCGUCAUGUCUUCGUUUCCUUUAAGAUGAAGUCGAAGUAACCCAUGUUACUGUGAAAUUAUUCAUUCGUUGUCAAGAUACCAGGCUAAUGUAGUUGUAUUCUUUAUUAUGACUCAUAGCAUGAUGACUACCAAAGUUGAGACUUGAACGCAUUGUUGUUUUAACGUAACAGUCUGUGACUAGAUGGGCAGUCAGUGAAGUGCGUAGGGUAGUUGAACUGUGCAAGCCAAAUACUUGGUUGGUUACACCUGCUCGCAAAACAAUUCUCCCGGUCGGUUUCAUUGGAAAUUGUUUAUCAUUCAUACAGUGCUUUUAAAUCGUUGAAAGUAUUUCUUGACAAAUGAGGAACAGAGGACGUAUUUUAAUAAGCACCGACCUGAGCUCAUGGGUGUUUCUCCAUCUGUCCCAGCCAUGAAGCAGCAGAGUAGACUAUAGACCCGCUCUUGGCCUAGAGAGCAGCAGAACUCCCUCACACACUAAGGUUGCUAUGGUGAAUGCGGGGCACGUGGAUGAGGAGGAGGAGCUGCAGUGAGGUGGAACACCGCGGUAACCACGGUACCGUCUAGCGCCCACCCGCCCACCCACCAUGCCCUCGUCCACGCAGAAGGGAGUGCCGAAGGACCCCGAACAGGCCGACCUCUUCUUCAAAGAUGACCCAGAGGAAGUCUUCUGUGACCUCCACGAGAUCGGCCAUGGCAGCUUCGGGGCCGUCUACUUUGCCAGAAACUCCUACUCCAAAGAGGUGGUGGCCAUCAAGAAGAUGUCCUACAAUGGCAAACAGACCACCGAGAAAUGGCAGGACAUCAUCAAGGAGGUCAAGUUUUUGGAGCAGCUGCGCCAUCCAAACACCAUUGAGUAUAAAGGCUGCUACUUGAAAGAUAACACUGCCUGGCUGGUGAUGGAGUACUGCCUAGGCUCCGCAUCAGAUUUACUAGAGGUUCAUAAGAAACCGCUCCAAGAGGUUGAAAUUGCUGCCAUAACCCAUGGUGCCUUGCAGGGACUGGCUUACCUACAUUCCCGUAAUAUGAUUCACAGAGAUGUAAAAGCUGGAAACAUCCUGCUAACAGAGCCUGGACUGGUCAAACUGGCAGACUUCGGCUCUGCCUCUAUAGCUUCUCCUGCCAACUCCUUCGUAGGAACACCUUACUGGAUGGCCCCGGAAGUGAUCCUAGCCAUGGAUGAGGGUCAGUACGAAGGGAAGAUAGACAUCUGGUCCCUGGGAAUCACCUGCAUAGAACUGGCGGAACGGAAACCUCCGCUGUUCAACAUGAACGCUAUGAGUGCCUUAUAUCACAUUGCCCAGAACGACUCUCCCACGCUGCAGUCCAACGAGUGGUCGGACCCCUUCCGGAGCUUCGUUGACUGCUGCCUCCUCAAAAUUCCUCAGGACAGACCCUCGUCUGGGGAGCUGCUGAGACAUGACUUUGUACGUCUGGAGCGCCCCCCGCGGGUCCUCAUGGAUUUGAUCCAGAGGACCAAGGACGCGGUGAGGGAGCUGGACAACCUGCAGUACCGUAAGAUGAAGAAGAUCCUAUAUCAGGAAAAACACAUGGGGGAGAGCCAGGAGGAGGAGGAGGACUGUGAGCAGGCCAGCUGUAAGAUGAACAGCCUGGGCAGUAACCACUCCCUCCCCAGCACCUCAGUCAGUACAGGAAGCCAGAGCAGCAGCGUCAACAGCAUGCAGGAGGUCCUAGACGAGAGUUGCUCUGACAUGACCAUGAUGCACCAUGACUACGACAGCAGCUUAGAGUCCUCCGCACAGUCCAAGAAGGACCACAGGUAUAACUGGGAUAAUGGUCUGAAACCUGACCUCAGGCCGGAGCUGAUGCCGUUAUCCUCUGACAUGAGCCAGGCACACAACUACCGCCACAACAACUUCUCCACCAUCAAAUCAGCAUCACUUGUAACCAAGCAGAUCCAUCAGCACGAGCAGGAGAAUGAGCUGCGGGAGCAGAUGUCAGGUUAUAAACGGAUGAGACGGCAGCACCAGAAGCAGCUGAUCGCUCUAGAGAAUAAGCUGAAGGCAGAGAUGGACGAACACAGACUGAAGUUGCAGAAGGAGGUGGAGACUCAGGCCAACAAUGCCUAUAUAGAGCUAGAGAAACUGGCCAAGAGACACACCAUCCACUGUGAAAAAGAGAUGAAGACAAUGUCAUCAGAUGAGAAGAAGUUACAGCAGCAGAUCGUGUCCCAGCAGAAGAAGGAGCUCACCACCUUCCUAGAUAAUCAGAAGAAGCAGUAUAAGCUCUGCAAGGAGAAGAUGAAAGAGGAGAUGAAUGAAGACCACCAUACCACUAAGAAGGAGAAGCAGGAGCGCCUGUCCAAGCACAAGGAGAACCUGCAACACAGCCAGGCUGAGGAGGAGGCCCAGGUUCUGAGCCAACAGAGGGUCUUCUAUGACAGGAACUGCAGAAGCUUCAAACGCAAAGUCAUGAUCAAGAGGCAUGCGUUGGAACAGGAGCAGAUACGAGAGGAGCUGAACAAGAAGAAGACCCAGAAGGAGAUGGAGCAUGCCAUGCUGAUCAGACAUGACGAGUCCACCCAGGAGCUGGAGCAUCGUCAGCUGAAAACCCUUCAGAAGCUCCGCAUGGACCUGAUCCGCCUGCAGCACCAGACAGAACUGGAGAACCAGAUAGAAUACAACAACCGGCGCGAGAGAGAGCUCCGCCGCAAGCACGUUCUGGAGCUACGGCAGCAGCCCAAGAACCUUAAGGCCAUGGAGCUGCAGAUUAAGAAACAGUUCCAGGACGCGUGUAAGGUCCAGACGCGUCAGUACAAGGCCCUGAGACACCACCAGAUGGAAGUGACGCCCAAGAGCGAGCACAAGGUGGUCCUCAAGGCCCUGAAGGAGGAGCAGACCAGGAAGCUGGCCAUCCUGGCCGAGCAGUACGAACAGAGCAUCAACGAGAUGAUGGCAUCGCAGGCGCUGCGUCUGGACGAGGCCCAGGAAGCCGAGUGCCAGGCUCUGAGGCAGCAGCUGCAGCAGGAGAUGGAGCUGCUGAAUGCCUACCAGAGUAAGAUCAAGAUGCAGACCGAGGCCCAUCAUGACAGAGAGCAGCAGAAGCUGGAGCACAAGGUGUCGCUUCGCAGAGCCCACCUCGAACAAAAGAUUGAAGAGGAGCUGGCUUCCCUUCAGAAGGAGCGUACAGAGAGGAUCAAGCACCUACUGGAGCGCCAGUCAAGAGAGAUUGACACGUUCGACAUGGAGAGUCUCCGUCUGGGCUUUGGUAACCUGGGGGCCCUGGACCCCCCCAAGGACGACUACAGAUGACUAGACCAACCCUGGUAACCCCCCAAGGAUGACUAGACCAGCCCUGGACCCCCCCCAAGGAUGACUACAGAUGAAUAGACCAGCCCUGGUAACCUGGACCCUCAUGGAUGACUACAGAUGACUAGACUAGCCCUGGUAACCUGGGGCCCUGGACCCCCAAGGAUGACUAUAGAUGACUAGACCAGCCCUGGUAACCUGCCCCCCCCCUCUCCAAGGAUGACUAGACCAGCCCUGGUAACCUCCUCACGACCCUCUUCCUCCUCAUCCCCCUGACCUGGUCUGACCAGUUAGGGUCUUUAGUCACUGAUUCUCACACAUUAACACACACCAGCCCAGUGCUAGUCUAAUGCCAACAGGGCCCCCAAUCUCGUUUUUUUUUUUUUUACUAGGCAAGUCAGUAAAUUUGUCACAAGAUGACAAGAAAUGCUGGAUAACUUCCUAGGCUCUUUCUUUUAAAGAAUAACAAUACAAUGUCAGUGUUUCUUGUGCAGUGAUGGCACUUGUAGUGUGACUAAGCAGAAACCAGAGAGGGAGAAUAAGACAGAACGAGCAUGAUGAUACAAGUGAAUAGUGUUGUGUUGCUCAUUGAUCACGCAUUAGAGGCUAAUAAUUGGUUAAAGCUGCCCAAAAACAAACUGAUCCUUCUGCAGCCUUGUCAUCUUCUUGGCACUGCUUCCAGUUCCUUCAACUCUUUUUUUAGAUUUAUAUUCAUCAGGACAUUUUUAUGUAAAAAUGUUAAGCAAAUGUUUAAAGUCAUAAUGUACAUAUUGGUACGCGAAUCAAUUUGAUUAUUAACUUGACUUGGGAGGGGCAAUGCACCCUGGUACUCCACUUUAUGGCACUGGCAUGUAAUGUGAAUAUUACAUGGUUACGUCUGGAAUUGCACCCUAUUCCCUAUGUAGUGCAGUACUUAUAGGGCAAUGGUUAGUGCACUAUAUAGGGAAUAGGGGUGUGAUUUGAGACGGCGACCAUGUGAAUCCCUACUCCCAGGUAGCACAAAGGGCUUUGUCGCAGGGGGAGGGACAUGUAUAUAGAACAAUUUAUGUAGAGCUUUUACUUAUUUUCGUAUUUUAAUUGUUAUUCAAAUAUUUCUUUUUUAAUGAUGGAUGAUUUCUCUCAUACUCCUCUUCGUUCAGUAAGUCGGCUCAAUGUUUCAUUCUUUAAAAGAUGCGGAGUAUUUUCUUAUAAACCAGAUCAGUAAAUAAAUGCUUUAUCAUUGCAUGCUUUUUAAUUUUGUUUUCCAGGGUUAAGAGAAAGCAUGAAUCUGUCAGAGCUUUUAAUUAUAUUUGUAAAUAAAGUGCUCGUCACAACA